GAUUUGAGUAAAGGUACACCGUGUGUCCUGAAGCGGUGACUAAAUAAUCAACUUUAGAGCACGGUUAUAUAGAAUUCGGUUUAAUAUCAAGUCGACAAAUGGGAACUAACGCGGCGAUGCGAGACUCGGCUGACCAAGACCAAGAGACUGCCUCGAGAGCCAGCCCUUUUGAGGCUUCCUUUGAUAACUUUAAGACGAAACGUCGACGUACCUUUAGUGGCCGAGGGAAAUACUUUACUAAUGUUAAACAGUUUUUCAACGGGUGUAAGAAUCGCGUGAAAAGCUUAAGGGAAAGGUCCAUGUACGAUGUAGGUUGCCAAUUCGUGAAGAAGGAGGACAGCCUGGAGCCGAAGGUGGCCAAUCAAGAGACAUCGACGAGUUUUGAGAAAGACUCGAUCAUCGUACGCUUCGACCUCAAGGACGUUCUGAUUCUGGACAGGAAAAAGGACCCCAGUCUUGUGUUUUCAGAAAAUGAAGUUGAUCCCAAAUGCUAUGACGUAACCACUGGCUCACCUGAGACAAUCCUUGAGUAUCUCUUGGAAACUCGCCUGGACAAUGACGAGGAGACUGAGGGUAACUGUAGAGACACUUUGGUGGAUGAUUUUCUUCUUACAUUCCCACUAUUUACGAACGAAGAAGAGCUGUGCUCUAUACUCAAAAGAUAUUAUCAUGGUACAGUAAGGAUACAACACGCCUUUCCGUCGAAUGAUAAGAAAAUACCUGGGGAUAUGAGCCGAAGACGAAAGAAACGUUUGGUUCGUUUCAUUGUCCACUGGAACAAACUAUCAUAUCAUAUAUUUUAUGAAAAUGAGCACGUCAAACAGCUAAUAGAGGAUUUGGUAUGUGAUCUUGAAAAAGACAACUUGCCGGACGAGUUGUCCCUGCUGGAACAGGUUCUGGAUCAAACAUGCAACCAUAAUCGGUUUUCAAAUGGUCACGAUGAUUUGAUGUCGUCAGCCUUACUUGAAAACAAAGAAUCCUCGGAUGCGAACCAUUAUGAUAAAUCUCGAGGAUCAAUGGAUGGCGAGUUUGUGACACGACUAAAUGAUUGCUGUCCUAUCAGAGCUUGUGAUAACGUGAUCUUUCAAGUCUACCGUUCAGAUCAUACAUAUUCAAAGUUUCGGUGUCGCAGAGACUCGACUGUGCGGCAUAUUGUAAAGCAAUGUUGCGAGAAGUGGAAGAUUGAUGACGAAUGCGUUCUUUGUGAAUUGAAAUCGAAUGGAGAAAAACAAGUUUUUAAAUAUGACGAAGUCGGAGUUGUUUCUCGUGUUAGAGUUAAUGGAAGAUUGUUUGUGGUUCCUAAAGAAGAACUAAACAGUCUAGUUCCAUUACCGGAACAAGAUGGUCCAGAAUUUGAAGUUAAUAGCUCGUUGACCGAGCUAAGUGCUAAAGAAUUGGCCUAUCACUUAACGCUAUACGAGAAUCAAUUAUUUAGAUCUGUCAGUGUGUACGAAUUCCUGUACCACGUGUUUGGUGUACAAAACUUUCCUGGUAAAGUGAAAACGAAUUUGGAUUUAUUUUUAAACAGACUGGAUGAGAUCCAAUUUUGGGUGGCGACAGAGCUGGCUUUGGCAAGUCACCUAUCUAAAAGAGUUCAACUUAUGAAGAAAUUUAUAAAGAUUGCCUCACACUGCAAAGAUUUUAAGAAUUGGAAUACGUUUUUCGCCAUUAUUCUGGGUUUGAACAAUUCCGCUGUCAGCCGGAUGAACCAUACGUGGGAUAGAUUGCCGACGAAAUUCCGGAAAAUGUUUGACGACUUCUCAGGAAUCCUGAAUCCCUCAAGGAAUCACAGAGUGUAUAGAUUAUCUAUGGGUUCUUUGGAUCCACCAAUAAUCCCUUUUGUUCCAUUAUUUAUUAAAGACAUGACCUUCGCACAUGAGGGGAGCGAAACAUUGACGAACGAUCAACUGGUGAACUUUGCUAAGAUGAGACUUGUUGCGUCCACUCUUCGAUUAAUACAGUUUUGUAGAAGUCAUCCAUUAGUGGUUGAUCCUCCAACAAUAUCGAAAGGAAUGCGUGAGGUUUACAACUAUGUGAGACAACUUCAGGUUAUCGACAAUCAAGACAGGCUUGAUCAGUUGGCUUUGGAUACGGAUUUUAAACCAUCGUCACCGACAAAAACUCAAACACUAUAAUACAAAGCUAUAUAGGUAUCACCUAGCAUGGGUGCAUGCAUGCAACUUGCUUUCGCGUGGGGUAUGCACACAGCAACAAUCAAGGUGAUACCAACGUGGGUUACUCCCCCCCCCCCCGCGCCUAGUGACAGUGAAUCAGAUUUUGGCACUGAUCAUGCAGUUACAGAACCCAAUGAGACAAAACGUAUUCAUUAGAAUGGGGGGCAUUCACAAAUGAUGUCGGAAACGAAUAAGGGAAAGGGUGAUUGGGACAACGGACAAAAUACGGGCAUGAAAAGAGGGUUAAUACAUCUGGCAAAGAGCAUGUCAAAAAAACCGGCAUAUAAUGCUAGGUGGCAUAAUGUGUGCGUGGACACACUGUUUGUUCACUAAACGGGGCUUUGAUGCCCCAGGACUACGAGCCCUAUGGCAGAAUUCUGGUUUGUGUGUUUCGUUUAAAGCUGUUAAAAAAGGUCAUUCGACAAGAAGGGAUUUUAACUUUGAUUUGAAGGAAUUUGAAAUUGGUAAUUUUUGCAAAACAUAUUGCAGAUGUCCAGAGGACGAGUGUUUUUCAAUUCGCACUAUGAGAUACGUAUUAUUGUAUACGAUAUCUUUUGUGAAUGGGCCUCAUAUCAGUUAUAACUGUUUGUCGUAAUACAUCUACACGUGCAUGGUGUACUAUAAUCUACUACUGGACAUUCAAGUGAGUCAUGCAUAUAUUAUAGAAUACUGUGAACGUUAACUAACUAGUACGUAUAGGUAGCUACUUGUCAUGAAACUUUUAAACAGGUGUACAAAAUGUGAGAUAUAUAUAUGUAUAUAAUACAUAGUCAUAGACAUGGACACAUAAUACUGUGAUACAGAUUUUAGGGAAAUAUAUAUGUAUAAUU